UCAUCAAUUAUCCACUGAACAUGCCAUCCUAUGUUUCCGCCAUUUCCCUUGUGAUAUUAGUUUGGAUUACUACUAUCAUAAUCAUAAACCAUGUGGGUAGCGCGAAUACAUCUACGGUUGCAAAACCUCAAUCACUGCCGCUAGCCCAAGAAGCAAAGGCUCUGAACCAGACUCUGUGGUGGUGGUGGAGGAAUGAAGAAACAACCUCAAAUCAUUGCAAGUGGGACGGCAUCGUUUGCAAUGAUGGUGGAAGUGUGAUAGAGAUCAACUUAAACGAAGGUUGGUAUGAGAGAGUCCCGUUACGCAAUUUCAGCUUCUCUUCAUUCCCAAAUUUGGUUCGAUUCAAGCUAGCAGGAAUGGGGCUAUACGGGAGCAUCCCACCAGAGAUUGGUAGUGUUUCUAAACUCACUUACCUUAACUUAUCUGGGAAUAGUCUUUCAGGUGAACUACCUUUCUCACUCGCCAAACUCACUCAAUUAGAGAAGCUUGAUAUUUCUUUCAAUCUAAUGAGCGGUCCAAUUCCCUUAAAAUUUGGAAACCUGAGUAGCCUUGUUGAAUUAUACCUGGGUGAAAAUCACUUGAAUGGUACAAUCCCUCCAACUCUUGGUCUUUUGACUUGUCUCACUCAUCUUGAUUUACAUUCAAAUCAAAUUGGAGGUACUAUCCCUUCUGAAAUUUAUAAUCUGAAGAAUUUGACGGCUCUGCAUUUGGGUACAAACAAUCUUCUUAGUCCAAUUUCUUCAAAAAUAGGAAAGCUGAAAAAUCUAGUUUCUCUAGACCUUUCUAAUAACAUGCUCACUGGUCCACUUCUUCAUACUUUGAGUUGUUUGACAAACUUGACCCAUCUCUUUCUUUAUUCCAACAAAAUCAAUAGUCCCAUUCCCCUAGAAAUAGGAGAAAUGAGAGAACUGAGGCACUUGGACCUCCAUAAUAGUUGCCUUUCUGGUUCAAUUCCUUCAACUCUUGCACUAUUGACUUGUCUCACUCAUCUUGAUUUACAUUCAAAUCAAAUCAACGGUACUAUCCCUUCUGAAAUACAUAAUCUGAAGAAUUUGAUGAAUCUGCAUUUGGGUACAAACAAUCUUAUUAGUCCAGUUUCUCCAAAAAUCGGAAAGCUGAAAAAUCUAGUUUCUCUAGACCUUUCUAAUAACAUGCUCACUAGUCCACUUUUUCAUACUUUGACAAACCUGAGAAGCCUUGUUAAUUUAUACCUUGGUGGAAAUUUCUUCAAUGGUACAAUCCCUACUGAAAUUUGUAAUAUAAAAGGUUUAAUGACUCUGCAUUUGGGUGAAAACAAUCUUUCUGGUCCACUUCCGUAUGAGCUUUCUCAGCUAACCAGAUUACAAUAUCUUAAUCUUUCCUCAAACAAAUUUUCUGGAAGGAUAUCAACCAAUUUGGAAAAUCUCGUCCAUCUUUCUGUCUUAGACCUCUCACUUAACAAGCUGAGUGGACCACUCCCAACUCAACUUACGAAUUUACAUGCUCUGGAGCAAUUGCUUUUAAGCCACAACAACUUAAUUGGAAGCAUUCCUCAAGUGGCUUACCCAUUUAAUUUAACUACUAUUGACCUUAGUCAUAAUCUGUUAAGUGGAGAAAUACCUCCUCUGCUUGGGAACUUGAGCUUUUUACAGUACUUAGAUCUCAGCAAUAACAAUUUCACUGGUAAUAUUCCUCCCAAUCUUGUUUCCGUGCGUCGAAUGAAUUUGUCUUACAACUCUUUGACUGGUCCACUCCCAAAGGAUUUUGAUUUCGCUUUUAGGCCGGAAACAUUUAUGGGCAACAAGGAUUUAUGUUGUGAAAAAAAUAUCUCAGGCUACCAUUAUUGCUCUGGAUCACCCCACUUUUCACCCUACAUUAAUAUUGGCUCCACAAGUACCAAAAACGUCACAAAAUGGAUAAAGAUUAUUCUUCCCAUUGUCAUUUCCUUCAUCUUCUUAUUACUCGGAAUUGUGCUGCUUUCUCGCCAAAAGAUAAUCGAAAACACUCGUUCAGAGUGUAAAGCAAAGAGGAAUGGGGAUAUAUUCUCAAUAUGGAAUUAUGAUGGAAAUAUUGCAUUUAAAGAUAUCAUUACAGCAACAGAGGACUUUGACAUCAGAUAUUGCAUUGGAAUCGGUGGUUAUGGUAGUGUUUACAAAGCAAUGCUACCAAGUGGGAAAGUGAUUGCCCUUAAAAAACUUCACCGUUUAGAAUCUCAGGAGCCCGCUUUUGACAAGAGUUUUAGGAAUGAAGCCAAAGUGUUAUCUGAAGUUCGUCAUCGUAAUAUUGUGAAGCUUUAUGGGUAUUGUCUACACAAUCGAUACAUGUUUCUAGUUUAUGAAUACAUGGAAAAAGGAAGCUUAUUUUAUGCCAUAAGCAAUGAUGUUGAAGCAAAGGAAUUGGAUUGGAAGAAGCGGGUGAAUAUCAUUAAAGGAAUAGCAAAUGCUUUAUCAUACUUGCAUCAUGAUUGCAUUCCAACAAUUAUCCAUCGAGACUUGACCACAAGCAACAUUUUAUUGAAUUCAGAAUUGGAGGCUUUUGUUGCAGAUUUUGGCAUUGCUAGACCCCUAAAUCCUGAUUCCUCCAAUUUAACCACACUUGCUGGCACCUACGGAUACAUUGCCCCUGAACUUGCCUACACCAUGGUUGUGAACGAAAAAUGUGAUGUCUAUAGCUUUGGUGUAGUGGUGCUUGAAACAACAAUGGGAAGGCAUCCGGGAGAGCUUAUUUCCUCAUUAGCAUCAUCGUCUGCUCAACAUAUCAUGCUAAAAGAUGUCUUAGACCCACGCCUUUCACCUCAUAUUAACCAAACAAUUGCUCAGAAUGUGGUUCUAGUUGUGACACUAGCAUUGACUUGCCUACGUUCAAAUCCUAAAUCUCGCCCUACAAUGAAACAUGUGUCACAAGAAAUUCUUGUUUGGAAGCCGCCACUACCCAAGCCGUUUUAUGAAAUUUCAAUGUGGGAGCUGAUGAAUCAAGAAAUAUAUUUGGUAGACAAGAAUUAGGAAAAGUUUAGACAAGGUAAGUAAUCUAUUUUCUUUUGGAUGCUAUCUAAAUAUAUUAUAGCAAAAUGGAUUAUGCCAUCAAAACUAAUUACAUGAUUACAUUUUUGUAGACAUGAAGG